AUGGGUUCAUCUUCCACCGAGAUAUCUAUGGAUACCGCUUGGGAACGGACGAAGGCAGCCGGGAUCGCAGCAUGGUCGAAGACGACGCGGAGGAUGCGAGCCACGGCCGCCGUGAUACUUUUCCUGACCGUCAGCUUCUUCCUCCUCGGCCCCCUCAUCCCCAGCCAAUCAAGCAUGAGCGUGCCUAACGUUGAGCUUAACGCUGUAGAGGCACCCCGCUCUCCCUUCAAUGCCUCCAAGGUUGCCCUCCUGAUCGAGAACCGCGUGAACCCCGUCCUGGCGCCGCUCAUGCUGCACUUCAUGUCCGUGGUCCCGCCCGACUGGCGCUUCCACUUCAUAGGCAGCCCCGAGAGCGUGGCCUACAUCAACGGCAGCCGCGCCAUCCGCGACGCCGUCGCCAUCGGCAAGAUGGACCUUUCAUACAUCCCGGCGAACAUGUCAACCAGCAGUCAGGAGGAGAUCAGCCGUUUCCUGACGACGCUCUGGCUCUAUGAGACGCUGCUGUACCCCGCAGAGUGGCUGCUGAUUUUCCAGACCGACAGUAUGCUGUGCGCCAACAGCCGUCAGAGCCUCGAUAACUGGCUUGAAUACGACUGGGUGGGCGCGCCCUGGAGUCCCGGCUCCGGGUUUGGAGGCAACGGCGGACUGAGCUUGAGGCGUGUGAGCAAGAUUAUUGAUAUCCUAAAGCACCAGACACGCAUCCCACACACAGAGCCUGAAGACGUCUGGCUCUGCGAUCGGCUUGGCCACCGUCCCGAUGCCAAGAUGGCAAACGGGACAAUGUCGCUCGCCUUCUCAGGGGAGAUGCACGCCGGGGGUGUCCAGACGGUAUCCCACAAGAAAGGCCGGCAACCGCCUCUCCCAGACCUCCCACUCGCAGGGCCGCUCGAAGCCGGGCUGGACGAGUGGCGCGACGGCUUCUACGAGCCGAUGGGCUACCACACGGGCAGCAGCGGCGACACGCUCCACUCGCCCAUCUGGGGCACGCCGCAGAUGCGCAAGCACAUCUGGGAUUACUGCCCGGAGGUCAAGCUCAUGCUCAAGAUGGACGCGGCGCAGUACGUUCCCGGCAGCUGCCACGAUUACUGGAAGCGCGCCGACGAGACGGAGAUCAUCGAUGGUGUCGAGUAUCCUUUGCUCCCUGCGGGCCUCGCGCCUUGGUAA